GCAAGUGGUCACGUGCGUCAUGACGCACCAGCCAAUGGCAAUGCUCAGAUUAGAAAUAAAUUAUAAUAUGCUAAUUUCCGUGGAAACUUCGAGAUUCUCAUGUCCACACAUUGAGUCCACACAAACCUUCUACCAUGGCGGAAGAUUUGCAGAAGAAGGUAGCAGAGCUGAAGGACCAAGGAAACCGUGCUCUGACUUCAGGGGACACUAAGGAGGCGAUAAGACUAUACGGGGAGGCCAUCAAGAUAGAUCCCAACAACCAUGUCCUGUAUAGCAACCGCUCUGCUGCACUGGCCAAGGCCUCUAACUAUGAGCUGGCCUUGGUGGACGCUAACAAAACAGUCGAGCUAAAGCCAGACUGGGUUAAGGGGUACUCUCGGAAGGGUGCAGCCUUGUCAUUUCUGGGCCGAUAUGAGGAGGCCAAGAUGGCAUACGAGGAAGGCCUCAAACUGGACCCAGAAAAUCAACAGUUGAAGGAUGGAGUCAAGGAUACACAAGCUCACUUAACAGGCCCUGCUGGCAGCCAGCCACUUGGUGGGAACCCCUUUGCUGCCCCAGGAAUAAUGGAGCGGAUCCAGAGGGACCCCAGAACCAAGGGCUUCCUGGCACAGCCAGACUACAUGGACAAACUCAAGCAGCUGCAGCAGAACCCACAGGCACUCGGGAACCACCUUCAAGACCCUCGCAUCAUGACCACCUUAAGUGUCCUUCUGGGAGUGGACCUUCAGCAGGCAAGGGAGGAAGACAUGGACCAGAGAUCAUCUCCUCCUGCGAAAGACGAGCCUGAACCCAUGGAGGAGGAGGAAGAAGAGCUGACAGAUGCACAGAAGGAGGCAAAGGAGGAGAAAAAGAAGGGCAAUGAGGCCUACAAGAAGAAGGACUUUGAGACGGCUCUUCAGCACUACGACAAGGCUAUAGAACUAGACGCUGAUGACAUCACCUUCCUCACUAACAAAGCCGCUGUGUACUAUGAGAUGGACCGGUUAGAAGACUGUAUCAAGGAGAGUCAGAAGGCCAUUGAGAGGGGCCGAGAAGUCCGGUCAGACUUCAAGCUGAUAGCAAAGGCGUUCUUCCGUAUCGGCCAAGCUUACUUCAAGGAGGACAAGUACAAAGAUGCAAUCACCUACUACAACAAGUCCCUAACAGAGCACCGUACACCAGAGGCCCUGAAGAAGUGUCAGGAGGCUGAAAAGCUGCUGAAAGAAUACGAGGCAAAAUCGUAUGUCGACCCAGAGAAGGCUGAAGAGGAAAAGGCACUGGGCAAUGAACUCUUCCAGAAAGGUGACUACCCUAAUGCCUUGAACCAUUACUCUGAGGCCAUCAAGAGAAACCCAGAGGAUCCCAAGUUGUUCAGUAACCGAGCGUUCUGCUAUACAAAACUGGCGGAGUGGCAGCUUGGUAUUAAGGACUGUGAUGAGUGUGUACGAUUGGAUCCAAAAUUCUUAAAGGGAUACCUCAGGAAAGGGGCAAUCUUACAGGCCAUGAAGCAGUGGGGGAGAGCACAGGAUGUCUACUCUAAGGCACUAGAUAUUGAGCCAAACAACCCGGAGGCAAAUGAAGGCUACAAGAAAUGUCUCCAGACCAUGAGCCAGGAUCCAGAGGAAAUCAAGAAACGUGCCAUGGCGGAUCCUGAGGUCCAACAGAUCAUGAGUGAUCCAGCAAUGAGGGUGAUUCUAGAUCAGAUGCAGAAUGAACCUGGGGCUCUAAAUGAUCAUUUGCAGAACCCAGAAAUUAGGGCCAAGAUUCAGAAGCUCAUGGAAUCAGGGUUAAUCCAGAUCCGUUAGCCUUUCUUCAGGCACUGCUCAGAAACAUAAAGGACUCACCAAGGGGCCUACAGAUCCACCUGCCAGUCACAACCUUCAGCUAGUCACCAAGGACAGGGUCAACCACUCUGUGCAACUCACAGUCUUUGCACAAGUAUCAGUGUGGUGGAGCAGGUCCUUGGGCAUCAGUUUACCACUCAGAAAAACUGUAGUGAAUUUUUCCUUAGUAACCAAGAGUAGGUACCUGUGCAUUGUAGAUGUAAUAUUGAUGUUGAACAUAGAUGUAACUUAAUGUUUUAUUUGCUGGAAGUGUCUAAAUGUUCCCAAACCUGUCUGGUACAUGUAUAUGGGCUCUCGUAGCCUGUCAAAGAUUGAGCCCACAUUGAUAUGAAGUCAAUAGAAAAAAAUAACUUUACUUCUGGUAAGAGCAAAAGAAUUGAUUCAUAGAGCAAUUGAGCACUAAAAUUUGUUUGUUAUGAAUAUAUUGAAAUUUCAUUUAUCAUGUCUGGAAAAGAAGAAGACAGUAUGGUGCCAACCUUAAUGCUGUCAUGGAUGUUUGUUAGAAGUACUACUAUUCAUUAGGUGCAUGUUGGACGUUUGUAUGCAUGUACUUUGUACUUUUAGAUUGCAGUAUGAAUCUAGCCUCAAAUUUAAGAAUAUGUUUAUAAGAGCUAACAGGACUUGUACUUGAAAAUAAAUACAUUGAGUUGCACAAAAUAUUGUCAGAUGUUGAUAGGUGAUGUACAAUAAGAUGAAGUGAGCAUUGCUCCCAUAGCUUUUGUCUGUUCUGUCUUAAAGGCUGUGCAAGUUAUUACAUGUGUGGUAGCUUUGUAUACAGGCUUUCCAAAUUAUUAUUUUGGAGUUAAUUUCAAUACCUUUUUGACAGGGACCAGGCCCUUUUUCCGACCCCUAGUCCACAUGAAAAUUCUAAGAACAUGUUGUCAUUCCUCGUACGCUAAUAGCUUCUAUGCCCUUGAUAUGUAGCACGACUCAGGCCAAGUGUGUAGAUUUGAAGAUGUCUUUGGUGUCUCACUAAAUCACACACUGUACCUCUGGUAUGAAUAUCAACACUCAAUACCUCUGUCCUUGGAAUAGUAGCCUGGCUACAUGAAAGGCCUGUCUUUCUAACAGGUAACAUCCAAUUUUCCACCAAUGCUUCAGCCUUCUGACAGAACCUGUCAGUGUUUGUUAAUGACCAUCUUUAAUUGAACAUAUGGUUGUUAAUGUUGAUUUUAGGAUGCCUGCUGUAGAGACUGAUACCUGUAAGAUGUUUGCACUAACUUUACUAUGACAUAAGCAUUGUCCACCAUGCUGGGGGGUUAAAUGGGAAGCUGUCAGGUAAAUUUUAAUCUGUACAUAUAGUUACAAUCUCAUGAAAAUGCAUCAUUCAUGUGCAAACUUGGAGGUCUGAUCUUUCCAGGUUUCACUUCACCUCACCGGUCCCAUAGCCUCACAGGCCGUAGGGGCAGCAAUGCCAUCAACAUAAGUUUUCCAGCAGGUCCAAAAUACACUAUACUUACUAGACAAUGUUUCUUAAUUUGUAUGCAGUAAAUAUUGUAGGAUAGUUCUUUUUGCAUAGUCCCAUACAAGAAUCUUAAAAACCUGGCUUCGUCACUUUCUCUUAGUGAUGUUACAUUCAUGAACAGCAGCUUUUAUAAAGUUCAACAAUAAAGAGUAAUUUGAUGCAAGAUGAUUAUAUUGGCAGUCCUUUCUUGUGAUUUGGAUGAAAAUGAUACCGAAGACAAUAAAUGUGACAUGAAAUUUGGACUGGG